AUGCUCUCCUCAUCUUCAAGCUCAUUGAAUUCCAGCCCUCCGAGAUCUACAACGUCCACACCCUGUACCGAGCACAAUCUCUUCUUUGCAAAUAUUGUAUCAGAUUACGUUGAUCCCCAAUACAUCCUAGUAACCGGUGGAUUGGGCUUCAUCGGCAGUCAUACGUCUCUCGAGCUGCUGAAAGCAGGUUACAAUGUCCUCAUCGUUGAUGACUUGAGCAACAGCUAUCCGGAUGUUUUCGACCGCAUACUUGCUGCGGCUCACCUGCAUUUUGGUAAUACUAAGAGCCAAUGUCCUAAGCUGAAGUUAUGGAAGGCCGAUUAUCGAGACGAAUGCUCCAUGAGACGCCUGUUCCAAACCUACUGGAAUGGUCAACAAACCAACAUCACAGGCGUUAUCCAUUUCGCAGCUUUCAAGGCUGUCGAAGAGAGUAUCAGAAAUCCAUUGAGAUAUUAUCUCAACAACAUCAACGGAAUGGUCGUGUUACUGGGAUUGCUAGAAGAGUUUGAUGUCAAGAACUUUAUCUUUUCCUCUUCUGCUACAGUGUAUGGCUCAGUUGCCGACCGUGGAGUGUCACUGCGCGAAGAGGAUUGUGUACAUCGGUCUGAAGAAUUCCUCGACCACGAUGGGUUCAAGCAUAUCGCAGUUCCGGGCUGUAUCGGCAUAACCAACCCAUAUGGCCGAACGAAGUACUUCGGUGAAGCUAUCCUCUCCGACCUGGCUGUUUCGGAUCCGACCUGGAACAUUAUCGCACUGCGAUACUUUAACCCAAUAGGCUGCGACUCGAGUGGUCUCCUUGGGGAGGACCCUCGAGAUGUGCCAUCCAACCUUCUUCCAAUCGUCGUCAAGGUGAUGACAGGCCAAUGGCAGGAACUCUCGAUAUACGGCGCAGACUGGGACACUGCAGACGGCACUGCUAUUAGGGACUUCAUUCAUGUCUCUGACCUUGCAAGAGGUCACAUUGCAGCUCUAGAAACACUCAUGCAGCGCAAACCGGAAUCGGUCCUCCUACAGGACCAGCGAGGUUCGAUUGGCUUUGCGACUUUCAAUCUUGGCACUGGGUCAGGUCAUUCAGUUCAAGAGGUCAUCGAUACAAUGGCCGCGGUUUCGAACACCUCGAUACCGUACAAAGUAGUGGGGCGACGACCUGGAGACGUGGGCUCUUGCGUCGCUGAAGCUGGUAAAGCAAACAAACAACUGUGCUGGCAGGCUCAGAAAUCACUAAAGGAUGCGUGUACAGAUAUCUCACACCAGAUCUUCUUCUCUCUGGUUGUUGUCGUCAUUGAUGCGUGA